UUCUGCUCAUGUCUGGCUACAAGUCCUGGUUAUAUCCCUACUACAAGUCCUAGUUGUACCUCUACCACAAGUACUGGUCAUGCUCCUGCUAUAAGUACUGGUUGUACCUCUACUACAAGAGCUG